AGGAUGUGCAGAAGCACUCUGUCCACACUCUAGUGUUCCGAUCUCUGAAGAGGACUCAUGACAUGUUUGUGGCUGACAAUGCUAAAGGAAUCCCUAUAGAUGAAGAAAGUCACAAGCUAAAGAUGUCGGUGAAAUUACGGACUGAAUACGGCCCUGUGCUACACAUGCCCACACUUAAAGAAACCCGCGAAAAAGCUCAGCUUGCCAUUGGUGAUGCUUAUGAGCACUAUACUACUAAUCAAGGCCUGGAUUCUGAAUACAUGAUAACUGGAACUCACCCAUAUCCAUCAGGCCCAGGUCUUGCUUUGACAGCUGAUACUCAGAUCCAGAGAAUGCCUAGUGAAUCAGCCGCACAGUCUCUGGCUUUGGCACUUCCACCUUCACAAUCAAGGUUAGAUGCACAGCGCACAGCUGCUAGUGUUGGAGAUAUCUACAGACAAGCUGGAAUUCCUGAGCGCUCACAGCCCCCUGGUCUAUCAAUGGCUUCCAUGGAAUCUGGUGGAACAAAAGCCUCUGCAUUACUAGCAAAGAAAGCCCCAACCAUGCCAAAACCACAGUGGCACCCACCAUGGAAACUGUAUAGAGUCAUCAGUGGUCACUUGGGGUGGGUGCGAUGCAUAGCAGUUGAACCUGGAAACCAAUGGUUUGUCACAGGCUCAGCAGACCGGACAAUUAAGAUCUGGGAUCUGGCAAGCGGUAAAUUAAAGCUGUCCUUAACUGGACACAUAAGCACUGUCCGGGGAGUAAUUGUAAGCGCCAGGAGUCCAUAUUUGUUUUCUUGUGGUGAGGACAAGCAGGUGAAAUGCUGGGAUCUGGAAUACAAUAAGGUCAUAAGGCAUUACCACGGUCACCUCAGUGCAGUGUAUGGUUUGGAUUUGCAUCCCACCAUUGAUGUGCUUGUGACUUGUAGCAGAGACUCAACUGCUCGUAUCUGGGACAUAAGAACCAAAGCUGGGGUUCACACUCUUGUUGGACACACAAAUGCUGUUGCAACAGUAAGGUGCCAGGCUGCAGAACCACAGAUCAUUACAGGAAGCCACGAUACCACCAUUCGGCUUUGGGAUAUGGUUGGUGGAAAGACUCGUGUCACUUUGACAAACCACAAAAAAUCUGUCAGAGCUGUUGUAUUACAUCCACGACAGUACACAUUUGCAUCUGGGUCACCGGACAAUAUUAAGCAGUGGAAAUUCCCUGAUGGAAAUUUUAUCCAAAACCUUUCUGGCCACAAUGCUAUAAUCAACACUUUGGCAGUGAACUCUGAUGGUGUACUGGUGUCAGGAGCUGAUAAUGGAACAAUGCAUUUGUGGGACUGGAGGACAGGUUACAAUUUCCAGAGAAUUCACGCUGCUGUCCAACCAGGCUCUCUAGACAGUGAAUCUGGUAUAUUUGCAUGCACGUUUGACCAGUCAGAGAGCAGAUUGAUCACUGCCGAAGCAGACAAAACUAUUAAAGUCUACAGAGAGGAUGACACUGCGGUAUGUGUUAAUCUUUUUUUAAAAUAA